AUGAGGCACUCCGGGAAAGAGCGCAGCGCAACAUUGCAGGAUCUGGCAGCUAGUCGCAAGCCCGCGCGAUGUCCAGAAAAGAAGUUACUCGUCUGGUACAGUGGGGACGAGGAGGUAGAUGAGGAUGGGGGCGAGGAGGUAGACGAGGAUGGGGGCGAGGAGGUAGACGAGGAUGGGGACGAGGAGGUAGACGAGGAGGUAGAUGAGGAUGGGGACGAGGAGGUAGACGAGGAUGGGGGCGAGGAGGUAGACGAGGAUGGGGACGAGGAGGUGGACGAGGAUGGGGACGAGGAGGUAGACGAGGAUGGGGGCGAGGAGGUAGACGAUGAUGGGGGCGAGGAGGUAGACGAGGUUGGGGGCGAGGAUGGGGAUGAGGAGGUAGAUGAGGAUGGGGACAAGGAGGUAGACGAGGACGGGGGCGAGGAGGUAGACGAGGACGUAGACGAGGAUGGGGACGAGGAGGUAGACAAGGAUGGGGACCAGGAGGUGCGCGAGGAGGUAGACGAGGAGGUGGACGAGGAUGGGGACGAGGAGGUGGACGAGGAGGUAGACGAGGAUGGGGACGAGGAGGUGGACGAGGAGGUAGACGAGGAUGGGGGCGAGGAGGUGGACGAGGAGGUAGACGAGGAUGAGGACGAGGAGGUGGACGAGGAGGUAGACGAGGAUGGGGACGAGGAGGUAGACGAGGAUGGGGACGAGGAGGUAGACGAGGAUGGGGACGAGGAGGUGGACGAGGAGGUAGACGAGGAUGGGGACGAGGAGGGUGGACGAGGAGGUAGACGAGGAGAUGAACGAGGAGGUAAACGAGGAGGUGCGCGAGCAUGUGCUCCGCAAAGGCUUCGAUUUUGUACUAUUGAAUCCAUUCUCCCAGCGGUGUGGCUGUCGGCAGAAUUCACCGGGAAUGUCUUCCUGUCGUGUCCAGCGGCGCCUGAUUGA